AUCCCACCGGUUGGAUACAUGCAGGUGUCGAAUUCCAAUGCAAACAUUAUAAUAAUAAGAAGAGAAGGAAAAGUAUUCAUGAGUUUGGUCAAUUAAUUUCUCUUCCCCACACCGUAUACUGUAUGCGCUUUGGAAGCCGUGGCCUCAGGAAGGCAAGCUUUUCUUGUAGCUUAAACAUCAACACCUCGAUGACUCGAGAACCCAAGCGUGUGGGCAUUGGAAGAACCACCUAAGGUUGGCUUUGGGAUGGGAGGCAUAAAGCUAAGCAAAGAGACAGUACAAACACUCAUCAGAGGGAAUAGGGUCUCCCAUUAUGAAGGCAGCCCAUAAAGACGCCAUGCCCUCCGGAGAAGCCAACCCAAGGAAGCCGCCCCUCCCCCUCCUCUCUCUCCCCCUCUCUUCUUGAUCUCUGUAUAAGAACCCAUAGAAUCAACUCUGAUUUGGCUACCAACAAGAAAAGGCCUCUCAUCUGCUCAGUUCAGUGUUGUGGGUUCGUUGUAGGACAUGACGAACAGGCGCCAGAUUCCAACAUUUGGGAGCUGGAAUUACUAUGACGACCUUCCCAUCACGCAGUACUUCGAGUCAGCAAUGCAGGCUGGGUUAGUCCGAGGUCAAUCCUUCGUUGAGGAUGCUGAUCUCUACCAGGUGCCGUCUUCCCCAGUGAAACUGAGCUACCACCAACGCCACCAGAGAAAGGAGAAGAGAGGAGGGGACAAGCAGUAUCAGACAGGGCAGCAGAGGAAGCAAGGGAAGGUGUGUGAUGUCACAGUAACAGCACCGGCCACGCCAAGGAGGAUCAGAGCUCCCAAGGCUGUGGACGAGGACUUGUACAAGAUCCCUCCCGAGCUCCUCUACCAAAAACCCAAGAGGAAGAGGCUGCUGAGAGGGUGGUCAGGAUGCCUGGGACUGCACUGCGUUGCGUGAGAGAGGAUGGAGUAAUGGAGUGAGGCUGAAGCAAAAGUUCAACGUCAGUGGAGGGGUGAUGUUUGUACUUCCUUUGUUGCCUGUUUCCCUCCUCAUUCUCUCUCUCUCUCUCUCUCUCUCUCUCUCUCUCUCUCUCUUGUUUCAAUAAUGUGGUGUGAUGUGAGGCAGUAUUUUCAAACGGGAAAACAAGGGACAUAUCUUCCUUGAUAGACUUCGAAAUCAAUGAAAGAAUGUUAUAAUUA